AUGUCUGACGACUGGUCAGUAAUUGUCGAACAAUCGGGUGUACAACCACCAGCUCCGCUUGAGUUACCGGAGCCUAAGCUUUUCAAUAAAUGGAGCUUACAAGAUGUAGAUGUGAGUGAUAUUUCACUGGUGGAUUACAUCGGAGUGAAGGAGAAGCAUUCCAAGUAUCUUCCUCAUACUGCUGGACGGUACCAGACAGUGCGCUUUCGCAAAGCCGGAUGUCCAAUUGUUGAACGUUUGUGUAAUUCGAUGAUGAUGCAUGGACGUAAUAACGGGAAAAAAUUGAUGACUGUCCGUAUUGUCAAACAUGCUUUCGAGAUUAUUCAUCUACUUAGUGGUGAGAAUCCUGUGCAAGUUCUUGUGAACGCUAUCAUUAACAGCGGGCCCCGUGAGGAUUCGACAAGGAUCGGACGUGCUGGUACCGUUCGUCGUCAAGCUGUUGACGUAUCGCCACUCCGACGGGUGAACCAGGCAAUCUGGCUGAUUUGUACGGGAGCUCGUGAGGCGGCAUUCCGUAACAUCAAAACGAUCGCUGAAUGCUUGGCUGAUGAGAUCAUGAACGCGGCAAAAGGCUCGUCGAAUAGUUAUGCGAUCAAAAAGAAGGACGAGUUGGAACGAGUAGCCAAGUCUAAUCGUUGA